ACCACAAGAAAACCAGAAAACCAAGAUGGCGGUGCAAGAGACAGCAUCUCAACUGUCGAUGGCUCUCAAAGUCCAAGAAUACCCCACCCUGAAGGUGCCGUACGAGACUCUGAACAAGCGGUUCAGGGCGGCUCAGAAGAACAUCGACCGGGAGACAAGCCACGUGACGAUGGUGGUUGCGGAGUUGGAGAAGACGCUGAGCAGCUUCCCAGUGGUGGACUCCGUGGUGUCACUGCUGGAUGGUGUGGUGGAGAAACUCAGCGCCCUGAAGAGGAAGAGGGCUGCUCUUGAACAAAAUAGUGAUUGCAGAGAAAAUCAGAGGCAACAGAAGGCUGCAGAGUCCAUCCAAGCGGAAGACGAGAGUGCCAAGCUGUGUAAGCGUCGCAUUGAGCACUUGAAGGAGCACAGCAGCGACCAGCCGGCCUCAGUCAACCUGUGGAAGAAGAAACGCAUGGACCGAAUGAUGGUGGAGCAUCUGCUGCGCUGCGGCUACUACAACACAGCUGUUAAACUGGCCCGACAGAGCGGUAUAGAGGACCUGGUCAACAUUGAGAUGUUCCUCACAGCUAAGGAGGUGGAGGAGUCUCUGGAGAGGCAGGAGACGGCCACUUGCCUAGCCUGGUGCCAUGACAAUAAGUCCCGCCUGCGCAAGAUGAAGAGUUGUCUGGAGUUCAGUCUGAGAAUCCAGGAGUUCAUCGAGCUCAUCAGACAAAACAAACGCAUGGAUGCAGUCAGACAUGCAAGGAAGCAUUUCAGCCAAGCGGAGGGCGGACAGUUGGAUGAGGUUCGGCAGGUGAUGGGCAUGCUGGCCUUCCCAUCGGAUACACACAUCUCCCCAUACAAGGACCUUUUGGAUCCGGCCCGCUGGAAGAUGCUGAUCCAGCAGUUCCGAUAUGACAACUACAGACUGCACCAGCUGGGGAACAACUCUGUGUUCACUAUCACCCUACAGGCCGGUCUGUCUGCCAUCAAGACACCUCAGUGCUACAAGGAGGAUGGUACCUCGAAGAACCCAGACUGCCCAGUGUGCAGUAAAUCCCUCAACAAGUUGGCCCAGCCGCUACCCAUGGCCCACUGCGCCAACUCCAGACUAGUCUGUAAGAUCUCUGGAGAGGUCAUGAAUGAAAACAACCCUCCCAUGAUGCUGCCUAAUGGAUAUGUCUAUGGCUACAAUUCCCUUCUGUCCAUCCGCCAAGAUGACAAAGUGAUCUGUCCCAGAACCAAAGAAGUCUUCAACUUCUCUCAGGCUGAGAAGGUCUACAUCAUGUGAUCACUCAGAUGACCCGUCUGAGUAUUAACAUGAUCGAAUGCGGCCCCGUCGUUCAUCACCUGUGACCGGGCCCACUCAGAGAGCCGCCUGUGGAGCUGUGAUCCAGUGCCCUUCUCCCCCCACCCACCCCACAGACACACCCGGCAUUUCCAACAACCCCCUCCUCCCCAAAACAUGAUCAGCGCAAGUUCUCCAGUUCCCUUCCCCCCACCCCACCCCCAUUUUAUUACACAGAAACUGGGAUCCUCUCCUUUGAGACUGUUUUUAAGAUGUGGCUAAAGAACAAGACGUUGAUUGAUCUGAUCCAUUCAAGCACAGGGACUAUCAACAUUGUCAUAAUCUGAAAGGUCCGCGAGUUGAAGUUUAGAGACUGCAGAAAAGGACUGACAGGGUGGAAAAACUGCUAGGUAGUUUGAUUUUAUUACAACAAAUAAAAACCUGUUGAGGUUACUUUGACUUUUCACUAGUGGUGUUCCUUUGUUACUAAACAAAAAACAUGUCCAGGACUGUGUUAACUCACUCCAUUAACCAGAUUAACACAUGAGAUUUGGGCCUUUUUCAAGGCAAACGUGACUAGCCUCCAGGUCAUGUGGUAGCAUUUCAUUCUGCGACGCAUGCUGUCGACAUCCUUUGUCUUCUAGCCAUGUUUCUUGGUGGGUUGUUGGUGGGGGUAUAUGUUAAAAGCCUCCUGUUUAAACUGCCUACCUUUUUGCAUUUCAUCCCUCCCCCCUCCCCCCUUGGUCGUGAAAACGGAGCCUGAUUUGGGCCGCAGUUGGCUCCUUUUCAAAUGUAAAUAUUAGAAAGGAAUUGAUCAUCCUCAUGUUUAAAUUCAGGGGUUUUGGGGACAAGUGACGACGACGAAGAUUCUCCUUUUACCAAGAUCUCCGUGAAAAACAAGUCUUCUCUUGUGUUGUAAACCUAAUAUAGCCAACAGUAUCCUCAAGUUAACUGGUUAUUCAGUGAAACUUCUCAUCCUUGAGGAAGCUGGUAAUAUUAAUUGUGGUGUAUUUACUUCCAUCAUGAAAUUUACGCAAUAUUCAAACACGACAACCAUCUCUAAUGUGUGUUUUUUUUAUUAUUAUUAUUAUUAUUAUUCUUGAACAAAUUGUCUUCCUUUUUUGUGUUUGAGGUUUUUCCAUUUGCAGUUAUACAAUUUCUCUUUUUUUUCUUAAAACUAAGUGAGUAACUAAGAGUACAUAUCAGUGAAUUAGAAUAUUUAUUGUUUAAAGAUGAAGCCCUAGCUGAUUUUUAUUUAAUUAAACAUUGCUCAAAUAGUUUUAGUUUCAUUACAAUUUUCCCAACAAUGAAGAAGACAAUAUAGACAAAGGAGGUACUGAUAUUUCUUCAGUCUUGGGCUCUGCCAUUGUUGAAGUCUACUCUACUGGGUUUACGUAGCAUAGAGGUACAAUAACUGCUAACACUAUACGUAGUUCUAUGUACACACAGUAUUUUCCUUCAUUUGGAAAUAAGGCAUUAAGAAGCAGGAUUAAAAAAAAGUGACUAUGUUGGUUGAACAAUCUGAAAACAUGACUUCUCCUCUGACUUUGAAAACCUGCUGUAGAAGAUAGACGGACUG